AAUGCUUCCUGGGAGCUAUAAUAUUAAAGAGCCUUACAAUGGCAGGACUGGUGGAGAGCCCCAAGCUAGGCAUGACAAAAAGGGAAGCCCUGUCCAAUAUUCCAGUAAUGGUUAUAUAUACCUGCAGCAUCUACACUGGUUCGAAGGCUCUCUCACAGCUGCCGAUCCCUAUCUUUGUGUGCCUCCACAACAUUUUGCUUCCGAUUAUGAUACUUGGACGCUUGGCAUUUGCUGGGCAGAUGCCGAGCGUGAGGGUGUGGCUUUCCGCGUCUCUUCUGAUCGUGUCUACCUUCGCAGCCGGUUUCUCACUAUCCAUCGAUGACUGGACUCCGUAUUGGUGGAUGCUCGCUCACAUCUCAUCUGCUGCUUUCUAUCAUCUGUACCGCCUCAGGAGUGAUUGCUGCCUGCAUGAAGGGAAGAUCGCGCACAUUUUUCAGUGCUAUCUAUUCAGUGUGCUGGUGCUGGCGCCAGCGAGUGUAUUCCUCGGAGACGCGUUAGCGGCGCAGUCCUUCCCGUUGCUCUACUUCUAUCGCUUCUACGUCGGCUGCGUGAUCAGCGGUUUCCUCGGAGCUCUACUGCAGCUCUACGUUAUCAGGCUGGAGGAUGGCAAGGCUGCAGCUUCCUUGUGUAGCAACACAGAGUAUCAGCAUGUAGUGAGCAAGGUCGUCGCCGUGCCGCUCUCCUUCCUCACGUUCGACGACCUCGACACCUCGAAGCCUCUGCUGCCCUGGAUGAUGGUGAACCUCGGAGCGAGCGUCGCGCUGAGUUGUUGGAAACCUGCCAGCGAGGGUGACGCUGGCGCCACCACAGCAACGCGGGAAAACACGCUGUUAUAGGGGGCGCUGCUGGAGAACACGCCGGUAUAGGGGGCGCCGCUGGUUUGUGAUGCCAGAUGCGCGUGGGGGGCACAUUGUGCAAUUCUGUUUGCAUUUGGUCAAUAGAAGCAUUUGAGAAUGAUCUAAGAUGGCCAUGUAUUUUUCUAUCCAUAGUUAAUUAAAUAGUACUUUUAAGUAUUUAUUAAUAACCUGAUAUUAAUAACAAUUAAAAAAACUAGUAAUAAUAAUAACUGCAAUGAUUCCAACCUUGCUAUAAACUUAGUGUAACUAUAUAUAUUUUAAAUGCACAGAUGCCAUUCCAUGUUAAGAUGUGACAUCUAAUACUGUGAUACACAUUCAAUUCUUUGCAGUUUGAAGGAAUGUAUCUAUAAAGCUGCUGAAUGAAGGUGGUAGUUUUCAAGGUAAACUACUUUAAAAAAAUACUUUACUGAAGUAAAAGAUAUCUGAUGGGAAUGAAAACUUGCUCACUAAUAUCGAAGUCAUAUUUUUGUACCAUAAUUGGGUGUACACCACUACGUAAAUACAAUAACGAAAACCAAUAUUCGACUUUAUGCGAUUUUACACGAUCUUUUAUUUCAACUAUGAUCUCGUACUAUGUACACUGCAUUGCUAAUUUGUAACAUAAUGAGACAAGCGGACGCACGUUCACGUACGGCGCUGGCAAAUCGCUGACGUGAUUGUUUCGAUUCAUGUAAAGCAUUUCCCGUUUCAGUCUUAAGAGGCGUUCAUGAUUAUUUACGCGUGGAAACGUGGAAGUUUAGCAGGUUUAAAACAACAAUAAUUUAAUAACAAAUUCAAGGGGAUUUCAUUUCAAUGACAUGGCAAGCUUGAUGGCAGAUGACAGAUACUAAAUAGUAGCUGGUAAAUAGUAGAUGGUAAAUAGUAGAUGUUAAAAGGUACACGAUUAUUGAUAAAUUGUAGACAGUAAACAGUAAAUUGAUAAAAUCUUGACUCAAUCUUGCUUGCAGGUGAAAACACGUAAA